GCCGCCCACUCCAUCGCUCCCUUCCCCUCCCCUCUCCAGAAAGGGUCGAGUUCGGCUGUUGCGCGCGGGGAAGGAAGGAGGGGCUACGAGGGAUUUGAAAGUGCUCAGGCUGCCGAGUGGAGCUCUCGUCUGUCCCCGCCGCCCGCGAGCGGAUUAAAUUUCUGCAAAUUUAAACUGAAUGAGGCUUUCUUCUGCUGCCUUCCAGAGGGCGCCUGCAACCCGCCGUGCACUCCUCUCCAGCGGGAGCGGCCCCGGGGUGCACCGCUGACGACCCGGCGGGCUAGAGGGCGGCGGCGCCUGUGUUUGGGGGACCUCGCCACCCGACUGCGCCCCUCUUGGACUAGCAGCCGCUUCGCCCAGCACCCGAGCAGGGUACCCGACGGGACGGCGGACGCGAUCUAGGCGACCGAUCCUCCGAGGACGAACUUCUCGGGGGCGGGUCCCCGGUCGCCCCGUCGCCAGCUAUUGUCUGCGCGCCGCGCUCGCAAGGAGGCGCGGGGGGCGUGAGCGCGAAGACCCGGGCCGGGCGGGGCCGGGCCCAGGGCGGCGGCAGGAGGAGCCGGGGCAGUCCGGGGAGCCGGAGGAGGAGCGGCUGCGAGCGCGGGAGCCGAGCGGGCGCGAUGCCGGCAGCGGCUGGGGACGGGCUCCUGGGCGAGCCGGCGGCGCCGGGGGGCGACGCGGGCGCGGAGGACGCAGCCAGGCCGGCGGCGGCCUGCGAGGGAAGUUUCCUGCCCGCCUGGGUGAGCGGCGUGUCCCGCGAGCGGCUCCGGGACUUCCAGCACCACAAGCGCGUGGGCAACUACCUGAUCGGCAGCAGGAAGCUGGGCGAGGGCUCCUUCGCCAAGGUGCGCGAGGGGCUGCACGUGCUGACCGGAGAGAAGGUCGCCAUCAAGGUCAUCGAUAAGAAGAGAGCCAAAAAGGACACCUAUGUCACCAAAAACCUGCGGCGGGAGGGCCAGAUCCAGCAGAUGAUCCGGCACCCCAACAUCACGCAGCUGCUGGACAUCUUAGAGACGGAGAACAGCUACUACCUGGUCAUGGAGCUGUGCCCCGGCGGAAACCUCAUGCACAAGAUUUACGAGAAGAAGCGCCUGGAUGAGGCCGAAGCGCGUAGAUACAUCCGGCAGCUCAUCUCUGCGGUGGAGCAUCUGCACCGGGCUGGAGUGGUUCACAGAGACUUGAAGAUAGAAAAUUUGCUACUAGAUGAGGACAACAACAUCAAGUUGAUUGAUUUUGGUCUGAGCAACUGUGCGGGGAUCCUGGGUUACUCGGACCCAUUCAGCACACAGUGCGGCAGCCCUGCCUACGCUGCUCCGGAACUGCUCGCCAGGAAGAAAUACGGCCCCAAAAUUGAUGUCUGGUCAAUAGGUGUGAACAUGUACGCUAUGUUGACUGGGACCCUGCCUUUCACAGUGGAGCCUUUCAGCCUGAGGGCUCUGUACCAGAAGAUGGUGGACAAAGAAAUGAACCCGCUCCCCACCCAGCUCUCCACAGGGGCCGUCAACUUCCUGCGCUCUCUCCUGGAACCAGACCCUGUGAAGAGGCCAAAUAUUCAACAAGCACUGGCAAACCGCUGGCUAAACGAGAACUACACUGGGAAAGUGCCCUGUAAUGUCACCUAUCCCAACAGGAUUUCUCUGGAAGACCUGAGCCCCAGCGUGGUGCUGCACAUGACUGAGAAGCUGGGCUAUAAGAACAGCGAUGUCAUCAACACGGUGCUCUCCAACCGCGCCUGCCACAUCUUGGCCAUCUACUUCCUGUUAAACAAGAAACUCGAGCGCUAUUUGUCAGGGAAAUCUGACAUCCAAGAUGGCAUCUGCUACAAGACCCAGCUCUACCAGAUAGAGAAGUGCAGAGCCAGCAAGGAGCCCUACGAGGUGAGUGUUGACACAUGGGAUUCACUGUCAUGUGAUCCUGACUAUCAUGCAGCUGAAGAUAAAAAGCCCAAAGAACAAGAGAAAAGGGGAGAUUUUCUUCAUCGUCCAUUUUCCAAGAAGCCGGACAAGAGCCUGCCCUCGCACAAACAGCCCUCAGCUUCCCUCAUCACCCAGAUCCAGAACACCAAAGCCCUCCUCAAAGACCGCAAGGCCUCCAAGGCGGGCUUUCCCGACAAAGAUUCCUUCGGUUGCCGCAAUCUUUUCCGCAAAACCUCUGAUUCCAAUUGUGUGGCUUCUUCUUCCAUGGAAUUCAUCCCUGUCCCGCCUCCCAGGACACCCAGGAUUGUAAAGAAACUAGAGCCACACCAGUCAGGGCCAGGAAGUGCCAGCGUCCUCCCCAAGGAAGAGCCACUGCUGCUGGAUAUGGUGCACUCCUUUGAGUCUGUGGACCGCGAGGACCACAUAGAACUGGUGUCCCCUUCCCACCAUUAUAGGAUCCUGAACUCACCUGUGAGCUUGGCUCGUAGGAAUUCUAGUGACAGGACACUCUCACCAGGGCUACUGUCUGGAAGCACGUCACCUCUCCAAACUCCACUGCAUUCCACGCUGGUCUCUUUUGGGCAUGAAGAGAAGAACAGCUCCCCGAAAGAGGAGGGCGUGUGUUCCCCUCCUCCAGUUCCCAGCAAUGGCCUCACACAGCCUCUGGGAAGCCCUAACUGUGUGAAAAGCAGGGGAAGAUUCCCCAUGAUGGGUAUUGGACAGAUGCUGAGGAAGCGGCACCAGAGUCUGCAACCUUCUUCAGAGAGGUCCCUGGAGGCCAGCAUGUCCCCCCUGCAGCCCACAGCCCCCUCCAGCCUCUCCUUUGACAUGGCUGAUGGUGUCAAGGGCCAGUGUUAACACGGGAUGACAAGAUUCGUGGUCUUUGAUGAGAAUAGCAAUGGAACAGAGCUCCACACAUACAUCAGGGCAUGAGCCGUCAACCUCUCAAGAGCAUCCUUCAUCCCUGCCUCACAAUGUCCCAAGCUCGGACCAGUUAUAAUCCACAGACUCAAAGCCUGCACACCCAGCCCAGCCUCACUUAGGGAUCAUCUGAGAUGCUGAAAAUCAGGAGGGCCAUCUGUAGGGGCCGUCCAUUCCAGUCUGAGACCCUCUUUCCUACAACCCUUCAUCCAGCCCUCUGCAGUAUCCCCCAGCUGGGUUCAGAGCUGAAAGCCACACCUCCAUCGCUGGACCACUCUCAGGUCCAGGUCGGUAGGAGGCCUUCCUUCCCUCUGCUACAUGUGUGCCUCUCACAGACUGCUCUGUCCAGUGACCAGUCACGGACUCAUAGGGACCAUACCACUCCAAGGAUGUCUACCCAGCCUAGGGAUGCCACAGAGGGAAGCAACCCUUCUUCCCCGAACAGUGAGUCCCUGCGGGAGGGCAGGAGUGUUGAGUCACACUGCCGGACCCCAGGAACCCCAGAGGAAGAUGGGAUAGAGCCUCAGACAAAGAUGGAACCCAACAGUGAGAUCCCACAUGGACCACGAAGACUAAAAAAAACCCUACAAUGUUUUCUCUAAUUUGUCUUUUCUUUCUUUUUCCUUUUUUUUUUUUUUGAUUGAAACUUGCUGAGGAUUGAAAGAACUUGUCCAAAGAAAUCUUUCUUUAUAUGAUGCUAUUAAAUUGAAGUAACUUUUUUUGGGGGGGAGGGGGAGUCAGGGUCUCCAUUAAGUAGCCCAGGCUGACUUUAAAGUCUUCAUCCUCCUGCCUCAGCUUUCAAAGUGCUGGAAUGGCAAGUGUAUACCCCUGUGUCUGUCUCAAAAUAGCAAUUUAAAAAAAAAAAAACCCUCAAUGACCAGAUGGGAAGUGCUUCUCCCAAAUUCAUGUUUUCCUGAGGGAUGCAGCUUCACUCAGGUGGCCAAAAAGCUGACCCGGGUAGUGAUGGCAGUAACGUUAGACCAUGGUGGCCUGCAUGAGGGACAGCAGCCUGGCUAACCUGUGUUUGUACUGUGGCAGCAGCUCCGGGUGGUUCCGGAGAAAGAGAAGGGGUUCUCGAGGCAGAAGGCGGCACGCACUGUGCAGUGCUAUCUCUCGGCUGCAGCUGGAGCUUAGCUAUGCUGGGGGCUGGGAGCAGGCUCGCCCACUGGGAGCGCAUUCACGGAUAGUUUGUCCCCAAGGAAAGCAGGGUCCCCGAAACAGGCUCUCGGUCCAUCUUGUCUUCUGCACCUUUCCCCUCCAGGAUUGAACCAAAGAUGCGUUUCUGGUUUCGUGGCUGUGACACCCUUGUGUCUCUUGUGGAAUCUGGUGUUGUCGAAUCCUGUCCAGCGGGCACUUGAUGGGGGACUGUCUCAUGUGGAUCCUGGUCCUUAGCGGGGAACUGCUCAGUCAUGGGCAGCUUUGUAAGGAGGAGAAGGACCGGCACAAGUCCGGUUACAGUCGGUUUAGGAGAUGAGUUAUGGAAUAGCCCAGAAUCUUCGAUCUUUGUCUAUUUCAGAUGUGAUCAGAGACCACAGCUGUAGGCAUGUCGGGUUCGUCAUCUCAGUCCACUGAUUGUAAAGUGGGCUAAUUUCUUUAACGUCACAAAGCCAGUCUUGGCCAUGGAAGGAUGAGACACAGCAUCACCGUCUCUCAUUUGCCAGUGGUGGCUUCCCUUGGCCUCCCUCAGCUCUGACAGGGCAAGAAGAACACACACAUUUGGCUGACCCUGGAAGCAAGGUGCUCUAGUCCUUGCUGAACUUGGCAAGACCUGGGCUGCUUAAUCCCAGGGAGGGGCUCCCCCACUCCCUAGGGACCAUUAAGAAGGCCAGUUUCCUCCCAGCAGCCAGUGCUUCCAGAGCUUAAUGUUGAAACAGAACUCCGAAAGCAGAGGGAAGAGAAGACUCAUCUGCAGAUGCUGAAUUGGCGUCGUGUGCUUGAGUUUGACGGGUGAAGAAUCCUUUCUGAAGCAUCUAACUGCCAACUGUAACCGCCUGGCUCUGCCAGUUGGCAGGAUGUGUACCUGUGUGCCGUGCCCCCCUUUUCUGUAGCCCCUUAUGUCUCUUUCUGGCUGUUUGCUUUCCUCACACGUGUGCAUUUGUGUGUGCCUGUGUUGGUGUUAGCUCAUGGAGAAAGUGUUUCCCAUUCUGUGAAUGCGUCAAGAAAGGUGUCAGAUGCACAACUAGCUGCCUGCGUUGCCAGGGGUAACAGACUCGGAACUCAGGUGUGUGGUGAGCCCAGUGGUAGAUCGCGGAGGGGAAACUAGCUGUGUUUUUUGGUGUGUCUACACCUGACAGACAAAUCUAUGAAGCCAAGUGAAAGAAGAAUGUUGAGUUCUUUGUUGUUCUAUUAUAUUUAUAUGGAAAACUUGACUAUCCUUUUGUUAAGUACAGAAUGUGUUGUCUGUUUGACCCAUGACUGUCCUUCAUGAGUCUUUGCCUGUGAUUUCAGUCAGCCUGUGGCUACUGAUGGGAAUGACCGAACUGUCACUGUGUGAAGUCCAGGAGGAAGAGUCCAUCUUAGCUGUACGGUUUGGCCAUGAGUAAGGACUGUAUUUAUGUCACCAUUAUUGACUAUAUGUACUUUUAUAAUGGCUGUGAAAUACACUUUUUCCUCACUA